UUCGCUUUGUAUACAGUUUGUGUUGAUUAUUAGUACUGGUGACUACUGCGCACUCUAUUGUCUGUAGUUGUUUGUUGUUACUACUCUUCAGUAAAGAAUGAAUAUAUUUUAGUGACUAAUAAAUAGUGGCUAGUCAUCGCCUAUCGUGCUCAUUGUUCACGAUUCGCAUUAUAAAGUUUAUAACUAUUCCGGAGUGCUCAUUACACGUUUGUUGUUGGUCAGUAUAUACCUAUUGACGUUACUGCCAAAAUUAUGGCCAUCUGCACGUUUUUGGGCAAGUACAUUUUGUACUUGUUUAAUCUGCUGUGUCUCAUCUCCAGUGUUGGCAUUUUGUCGAUCGCAUUUAUUAUCAAUCAAAAACUGUACAAAUGGUCAAAUUUCAUAAGCACGGAUUUCAUCACUACACCUCAAAUACUGUUGGCCAUUGGUAUUGGACUGUUAAUUAUUUCCAUCAUUGGUCUGUGUGGUGUACUGAGAGAUAUUGGAUGGCUUUUGACACUGUUUUCUGUUUUGCUUACAAUCGUCUUAAUUGGAGAACUUAUUUUGUCCGGUUUUGUGUACCAAAUGCGCAAUGAAAUUAAAGAUUAUGCAUUGAAUCAAAUGAACCAUACAAUUUCUGGGUACAAUAAAACGGGCUAUGAAGCCUCUACACAAACUUGGAAUUUGAUACAGUCUGAUAUUGAAUGUUGUGGAAUUUAUGGACCAGAAGAUUGGAAACUGGUUACACCCAAUAAACUGCCUACAUCUUGUUGUUAUGCCAUACCGUUAGACGGAUUUUGCACAGAAACUGAAUCAUAUAAAGAUGGCUGCUUUAAAAAGUUUGAAAGUAUUCUACAGGAAAAUAGUGAAAUAAUAAUAUGGACAGCAAUUGGAUUUGCUUUAGUUCAGCUUUUUGCUGUGUUUUUAGCAUGUUGUCGCAAGUGUUCUUUACACAAAGAAUAUGAAACAGUGUAAACAUAAUUAUCAUGGAAGUAUGUAGUUAUUAAUAGUAGAGCUAUAAAAAGAAUAUGUACUAUUAAUACCAAUUUUUAUCAUUACUCCCAAUAUUUUUAUCUAUUUCAUCUAUAAAUUAUCAUGUGUUUAGAUUAACAGAUAUAAUACUGAUAUUAUAUUAGAUCAUUAUUAUUUAUCAUGUUUUAUCAUAUAUUUAUAAUAAUCUAUGAUAAUUUUUGGUUGUUUUUGUAUUAAUUUAUUGUUCAAUUUUAAUACAAUUUGUUGAUCAUAUUUUGUUCAUUUAAAACUUAAAACUAUCUUAUAUAUUAAUUGCCAUUGUUCUUUACGCAUUAAGUAGUAAAUACUUGAUAUUAUCAGCAAUUAUAUGAUUUAUACAAUUAAAAAAAAAAUUAAAUUAUAACAUUGUAUACAAAUAUACUAUAUUAAGUAUUCAUGGGAUAAUUUAUUAUUUUAUAUAUUAUUCUGUAUAAUUUUUUAUACUUUUGUUACGAUUUUUAAAACUAUUUGAGUAAGUAGUUCUACUUAGCUGUACUACUUAUAUACUUCUUUAUUGUAUUAUAUUAAGUUAUUAUCCAUUUUUAUUGAAAUCUUGUUCUCAUGUAGUAUUAUAUUUUACUUUUAACAUUUUAAUAUAAA